GUUGUCGGGUCAGUGGGCAGCGGGCUGCCGGUGAUUGACCAGCUUCUCUCCCUGAUCUGUCAUCCGGCUGGCUUGGCGCCUCCCCUCUCCUCUAUAAAUGUACGAAAUCUAUUCAUUGCUCUCACACUGAGCCUGCUGAAGUAAGAGGAACUGUGAGGCUUCACGGGAUGUGUUGACAGACUAGAAUUUCGUCUUUUGGUCGUAUUUAUCCCUUCGCUAAUUCGUGGCAGUAUUCGCUUUUUCCUGUUGUUUUUAGCGUCGUUUAAUCUUAAAAUACCUCCUGCUACCAGUAGCAUUGCUUAUUUAUUUAUUUUUCUGUUUCGUUGGCUCUGACAGAGCUGUUGGUUAUCUAAGAUGAAGGCUAUUACUCCAGUCGGCCCCCAGGACUCCUCCUCCAGCAGCAGCCCGCUCUCCCUGCACUAUCUGUCGAAACAGAGCCUCAACAUCGCCCGGUACAGGAUGGAAGAGGAGGACCUGUUCUGCCUGCAGUACGACAUGAACGACUGCUACAGCCGUCUGAAGCGCCUCGUGCCUACCAUUCCGCAGGAUAAGAAAGUCAGCAAAGUGGAGAUCCUCCAGCAUGUCAUAGACUACAUCCUGGACCUGCAGCUGGCCCUGGAGACGCACCCUUCUCUUCAUAAACAACAGCCACAACGGACCGGGACCUGCCCUCCUCCUUCAUCCAACCCCAACAGGACGCCGCUGACCGUGCUCAACGUUGACCACCAUCAGAGGACAUCACUAGUAAAGAAACCAGAAGACUCAAUUUUAUGUCGUUGAGAUGUAAAAACUGCAUUGAUCGUGGGAAAGCAUCACAUCCUGUUUGAUAAGGAGCCACAUUGGUCAGCCUGUUUUCCACUCGUGAUCGAGGGAGUAGACACGCCGGCCCCAUGACCAGUCAUUCGGAAAUGUCAUUAUGAACACAGUAUCAUUAUUAUCAAAACAAGAGCCUGGCUGGGCUGCGAGUGGAGCCAAUUGUUUGCACAGGUGUGAAUGUGUGCACUCUCAUUUAGUGUUUGUGCAUCAGUGAGUUUUUUCCACCGUGAAUUUCUUGCAAAAGAUGACAAUAUAAAAUUAACACUUUCUAUUUUACUUGUUCAUUAUCCACCACUCUGCUAUCCUCCUCUUCUGGGUGAGUUUUAUCUUGAUUGUAAGCAAGGAUAAAAGGUAAAAACUAAUCAAAUGCUCUUUUCCUCACAGAAGAAACGCCCAGCUCCUAAUUUUCACAAAUUUGUACACUGCACCAUGACACAAACACAUUAAACAGGGAUGCUUGCCGUCGUCUCUGCCUUGAAUUAACCUUCUGCAUAUGUUAAACUGCAAUAACAGGUUUAGCUGUGGUGCCUCGCCUCCUUCUCUCCCUGAUUUAACUCCACAUUACAGUGUUCCACGGGGGCCUAUAUCCCUGCGUGUUAAUCACUGCUCUUCCUGGCUCACAGUGAAAUAUAUGGCGGGUGCUUGCAGAGGAACAGUGGAGGACAAAAACGUGCUCGCUCUUGGACACUACUUGAUUACAGACUAAUUGGUCUAGAGUGAUUAAACAUCUCAUGCUUCUCACUAAUUGCAGCUAUUUAAAGCAGCUAUUAGCUUAAAAUGCCUGCCACCAACAGCCGUUUACUCAUAAACAAAAUGUGAGAUGCAGCUAUUCACCUGUACCUCUCAGACUUAGAGGGAAGCGGGAAGCUUUGUGCCACUGCCAGACUUCAUAGAACAUAUGAAAUAUUUACGCUCACAUUUUUCCACGCAGAAAGUGAGCGUCUGAUGUGAUUCCUUGCACUGCUUUUGAGAUGAGCUUUUAAAAAUGAGAGGUUAUCAAUCCUCUACUUCAAAUUUUGACUAACAGAUGUACAUUUUUAUUGAUGCAUGAUUUGCCACCAUUUGCAUCUGAUAAUUAAUGCACAAAUCAUUUCUUCAUCUGGGCUCUGUGUUAAUGACACUUGAUUCUUUUAUAGAUGAAAUGAAAAUAUGAGGAAACAGUCAUCCCUCUGUGGGUCAUUCAUUUUAACUGAGCAGCCUCGAUAGAUGCUUUAUACUCCGGGACACUCAAAGAAGGAUGUGUGUACACACACUCAACUUGUUUAUGUGAUCAAAGCCUGAAGCAUCUAUCAAACACACUUACAGGAGACUUAAUGUGGUUACACCCACCAGUUUAGCUUCACUCAGAGCCUCUUCCAGGGCAACAGCAAACAACGGCAGGGGUGAAAGAGAAGGGAGAAGGACAGAUGCGGGGAGAAAGGAGGAACAGGGUUAAAGAGAGUUGGAGGGAUGGAAGGAGGAGGGAGGACUUGGCAUCACCAGUGCCAACUCUGGCUCCCGGGAGACAGGCGAUGAAUUACAGAAAUGAGAUCUCAGACAAAUGCCAAGCUUUUCCAAAGAGAGGCGAGAACGGCUGCUUGCCCCCUGGAGAACACAGUGAUUAGAGAGGGGGGACCAGGGGUCUGCCAAGCCCCUUAAAGGAUCUGUGUGUGUGUGUGUGUGUGUGUGUGUGUGUGUUUUGUGUGCAUGGCUGUGUGCAUGCAAGGGUGGCACCAGGACAACAACCAUGUCACAGAACAUGACCCUGAGGUGCAGCCAUCAGACAGCCAAUAUGGCGGGUAAAUACCGCUGCUGCAUCAGAGCGGAAGGGCUCCAACUGCCUCCAAUCAAACAGGUUUCUGUUCACCUAAUGAGCUUAAUUAACCAGGCCUAGUUUACAUUUCUCUGCUUAAAAAUAGGCAGGCAACAAGUCACAUUUACCAGUGUAAUCUGUGUAUUAAGGACCUGUAUAUUAAGAUAUAUAUUAUAUAAAUAUUUAUUGCUUAUAUCAUUCAAAUGAAGCCAACUGUAUUAAUUUGGAUGUAACAAUGAUGACAUCUUUACUCAAAUUGACUCAAAAAUCAGAAAGACAAAAGGAGAAAAGUGCACUUUCCCACUUUAUUUGGAGCUGAUUAUAUAUAUAUAUAUAUAUAUAUAUAUAUAUAUAUAUAUAUAUAUAAACUCUGGUGUUUCAUGCUUACAGUAAGACUAAUAUUCUCUAUAAUAAUGAAUAAAUAGUAGCCUUUUACUCUUGUGCAAAUACAGUAUUAUCUUUCACUGAUCACAAUGAAAAGUUUAUUAUAAAAAUAAACAAGAAAUUAUAUGAAAAUAUUAAACUUGACAAAAGAAAUGGGGCAUGCAAAUUUGACUAUGACAUCCAAGAUUACAAUCCACAUAUCAAGCAAAUGAAAACCAACCAACCAGCAAGAGCAGGAAGUAGAGAAGGGUUGAAUACUCAGUACCAGAGGUCACAGGACUGGUGGAUGUGUUCCCUCCAUCAUUAAAACUGUUGAGAAUUACAGAGUCAAGAUUUUAAAAAAAAAAUCAAGAAAGAAAAGUGAAAUAAAAUUUCCUGCUUUAUCCCAACACAAUGAAACGCCACAUCAGCAUAAUGGAAAACCAGCCUGCCAACUUUGCAGCUGGACCAAUUGCACAUUAUUUGCACAUCUGGUGUGAACUGUCUUGACUCACUAUUUAACUGAACAAUUGUUAAUUCAACAUUGACAACAAAAAUGACCAUUUUCUCCUUUAUAAAUACACCAAAACCAGAAAACCAUAUUGCUUUUAUUACUUUGAUAUAUGGUUCAAACCUCAGCUGCGGCUUUCCUGCGUGGCGUUUGCAUGUCCUUAUGUUCUCUGAUUUCCUCCUGCAGUCCAAAAAUAGCUCAAUUUGUGAUUCUGAAUUCGCCCUAGGAAGAUGAGCGUUUUUGUAUGUUUGUUUGUUUGUUUUUUUCCUGUGAGGGACUGGGAGCCUUUUCUGGAUGUACCCUGCCUCUUGCCUAAUAGCAGCUCAGAUAGGGUCCAGCCAACCCCUGACCCUGCUCUGGAAUAAAGAGGUAUAAACAAUAAAUGAGUGGAUGUU